CUUAUUUACUUAUGUGUUAGUGUAAAUAAAUAUAUGAGUAAUAAAUUAAAAAAUGUCUAAAAUCGGUAUUAAGUUUAUUUUUACUGGCCUAUAUUUAUUUAAUUAUAUUUUGGCACAGGAAGUUAUUAAAAUGAUGGUGGUGAUAGAAAAUACUGAUAGACAUAUAUUUCAUUUAAUGAAUAAUAUUUUACCUGAAGCUGAAAAAGCUGCAGGUGGAAAUGAUAUAGUAAAAGUUGAUGUGGAAAAAGUUGAGUUAGAUCGGAAUAAUGUCACGGAAAGUUUAAAUCAAGCGUGCGCUGUUUUGUCUCGUGGAAUCGCAAUAGCUCUCGACAUGACGCACACAGGCUGGGACAAGCUACGGGAAAUAAUCGCCAACAACUCAAUAAUAUACCUAAGAUCCGACGGCAGUAUAAUACCUUUUAUCCAAGCCACCGAUGAAUUUCUAAAGAAAAAAAACGCAACGGACUUUGCGUUGAUUUUUGAAAAUCCAUUGGAUGUUGAUCCAGCGCUCUAUUACUUACUAGGCGCCUCAACUCUUCGACUUGUGAUAAUAGACAAUUUAAACAAUGCCUCGAUAAGCAAAAUCCAUGAUAUGAAACCUCAGCCAUCUUAUUAUAUGAUUUAUUCCAGCACCAAGGGAAUGGAAAAGUUAUUCCAAGCAGCUGUAGACGGUAAUUUAGUCACAAGAUCCGGUGUGUGGAAUUUAGUUUUCACGGACAUGGACUACAAACAAUUUCGUUACAUUAAAGGGCCCGAUAUACUGAACCAUAAUAUCGGAAUUUUUUCAAUGAAUUCUACUGUGUGCUGUACACCAUUAGAAAAAAUAAUUUGUGAAUGCCCACCAGAUUUCAAGAUUUUCGAUCAGUACCUACAAGUUUUAAUGAAACAAUUAGUAGCAACAUUCGUUAAAAUAAAUAGUGAAAAUGGACCUAAGGUGAGGUCAAUUAAAGGACAGUGUCCAUUAGUAGAAAGACCGGCGGAAGAAGAUAAAAUAAUUGAAAUAUUUAAGGAUGCGAUAAUAGAAGUUACGGAAGCAGAUCCACUACAUCCAUUAGAAUAUAUGCCAAAAUCAUCAAUAGUUGUUCAUGAAUGUCUUAUAGACAUUGAAAUAUUAGAAAAUGGUACACUAAAUUUAUUAGCGGAAUGGACUAAAGACACAAUUGCUCCAGCAGCUGGACAAGUUAUUGCUGCUAGUCAGCCACAUUUUCGUAUUGGAACGACGGCGUCUAUACCAUGGGUUACUCUUCAUACUGACCCACGCACCGGAGAAGUUCUGCGGGACGCGAAUAACAAUUUAAUGGCGGAGGGCUACUGCAUUGACUUUAUCCGGGAGCUGUCUAAGAAAAUGCAAUUUACUUAUGAACUGGUCGUGCCGAAAGACAGAAAAUUUGGAGAUAAACUUCCUGAUGGACAGUGGACGGGUCUCGUUGGUGAUUUGGCCACUCGUAGAACAGAUAUCGCAAUAGCGUCAUUGACAAUGACGUCAGAACGUGAAGAAGUAAUCGAUUUUGUGGCGCCUUAUUUUGAACAAUCUGGUAUUUUAAUAGUUAUGAGAAAGCCGGUCAAGGAAACGUCACUGUUCAAAUUUAUGACGGUACUAAAAUAUCAAGUUUGGCUGAGUAUCGUUGGGGCGAUAGUUGCGACAGCAAUUAUGAUUUGGAUAUUAGAUAAAUAUUCACCUUACAGUGCUAGUAAUAAUAAACAACUUUAUCCCUAUCCUUGCAGAGAAUUUACACUCAAAGAAAGUUUCUGGUUCGCCCUGACAUCAUUCACACCCCAAGGGGGUGGUGAGGCACCAAAAGCCCUAUCUAGCCGAGUUUUAGUUGCCGCUUACUGGUUAUUUGUUGUCCUCAUGCUCGCAACAUUUACCGCUAAUCUAGCUGCGUUUUUAACCGUCGAAAGGAUGCAAGUGCCUGUGCAAUCAUUAGAACAAUUAGCGCGACAAUCUAAAAUAAAUUACACAGUUGUAAAUAAUUCUAAUGCCUACCAAUAUUUUAGCAAUAUGAAAAAUGCCGAAGAUAAACUUUAUAAAGUAUGGAAGGAAAUAACUUUAAACAGUACAAGUGAUCAAACAGAAUAUAGAGUUUGGGAUUACCCGAUAAAAGAACAAUAUGGACAUAUUUUUCAAACUAUUAAGACGGUUGGUACUGUUGCUAAUGCCAGUGAAGGUUUUUUAAAGGUUUUGGAUAGUACAAAAGCUGAGUUUGCGUUCAUACAUGACUCGGCGGAAAUUCAGUACCAAGUAACGAAGGAUUGCAAUUUAACAGAAAUUGGUGAAAUUUUUGCGGAGCAGCCUUACGCAGUUGCAGUGCAACAGGGCAGUCAUUUACAAGAAGAGAUAAGUCGAGCAAUUUUAGAUUUACAAAAAGACAGAUUUUUUGAAAAUUUAUCCGCUAAAUAUUGGAACACAUCUUUGAAAGACAAGUGUCCGACUUCGAAUGAAAAUGAAGGGAUCACUUUAGAAAGCUUGGGUGGAGUAUUUAUCGCAACAUUAUUUGGUCUCGCACUGGCAAUGAUAACACUAGGAAUAGAAGUACUGUAUCAUCGACGUAAAAAUAAUUUAAAUGAUGACAAAGCACAGGAAGCCAAUAAGUCUGUUAAAAAAAUACCAUCGAAAUUAAUAAAACCAAAACUACAUCAAUUCAAACCUGCACCGACUGUCGCGUUUAUUGGACGGAAUCGCGGGCUUAGAUCCCGAGUUUCUCAUAUCUCAGUUUAUCCCAAAACUUUUCCGUAUAAAGAUUAAUUUCUUUUUAUUGCUGACACAUAUUUUAA